GUGAAGUCAGCGCAGGCCCCCCUCCCAGCACUCCAGACUGCAGCCCCCGGGCGGGGGCGGGGGCUCCCCCAACAGGAGGACGCUCAGGUAGGCGUGAAGCUGCCGCUGCCGCCGCCGCCGCCGCCGCGAGAGACGGAGGGAGCGAGGGAGGGAGGCGCCUCUCCGGCCGGCCACUCACGGACAAUAUAAAACUCGCGCGCGCCGGUCCGGCCGCUGCCGUCUUACAGGAGCCGCCGCCGCCCGCACGUGAGGCUCUGCCUGCGCCGAGGGGCCCCGCUCUCCAGAGGCGGCGGAGGAGGCGGGCGAGUCGAAAAAGGCCACGGGGAUAAAGACGCCGGGGGAGCGGCGCGGAGUCGCCCGCCGGCCGAAAGAUGAGAGACCGGAGCUGAGGCCGCCCGCCUCCGCCUCCGCCCGGCCGGCCAUGUCCUCCUUCGCCCUGCUGCGCUCGGCGCCCAGCCGCUUCCUGUACCCCGAGGUGAGCGGCCUGCUGUCGGAGGAGGACGACGAGGAGAACGGCAGCGGCGAGAGCUCCGGCUCGGACGAGAAGCCCUACGCGCUGGAGGCGGCCGCCUACGGGCUGCCGGGCGGCCGGCGCGGGCCGGGCAAGAAGGGCGGCCGCGGCGUGUCCCGGGAGCCCCGGCAGCGGCACACGGCCAACGCGCGCGAGCGGGACCGCACCAACAGCGUCAACACGGCCUUCAGCGCCCUGCGGACGCUCAUCCCCACCGAGCCGGCCGACCGCAAGCUCUCCAAGAUCGAGACGCUGCGCCUGGCCUCCAGCUACAUCGCGCACCUGGGCAACGUGCUGCUGGCGGGGGAGGCCUGCGGGGACGGGCAGCCCUGCCACGCCGGCCCAGCCUUCUUCCACCGCGGCGCGGGCAAGGGCGGCGGCAGCCCGGCCGCCCAGGAGAGCGAGGGCUCCCAGCCCAAGCAGAUCUGCACCUUCUGCCUCAGCAACCAGAGGAAGCUGAGUAAAGACCGAGAAAGAAAGACAGCCAUUCGGAGCUAGCCCCGCGCGGAAGCAGGACGGUGGUGGCGAAGCUUGCAGCAGUGGCAGCAACUGGCCGGGCCCCUCUGGCCUGCCCUUGGCCGCCUUCUGGAGCAGGACGAACUUAUGGGGAGAGACCGAGAGCCCCAAGACUGGAUUUGCAGGCAAGCCGAGGAGGCCCAGAGCUGCCAAUGUGGCAGAGGGGAGGCCGUGAAAGGCGCUUAUGGCAAAGGGACCAGCAUCGGGCGGAGGCGUCUUAACGGACCCACAUCCUAGGAGGCGAGAAGAAAAGGGCACCGCGGCCGAGAGCGCCCCUUCGGCGGUUAUGGGUCACCCUGUUGUCAAAACUCUGGCUGGGGCUCCCAUCAGGACUGGCUGGACUUUUUUUGCCUUGAUAAUAAUAUAAAACCCAAGUUGUUUAUAUAGUGAUCUUUUGUAAAUAUGCACCAUAAACGUCCUUUCAGACUUUUGGCUGAUGGAUUCUGAUUUGGUUCUGCUGCUUCCAGUCGGAUUCAAAAUGCCCAGGGGUCGCAGGCACUCUCCCUUCGUGCUGUGUCCCAGGGGGGACUUUCUAGCUUUGCUGGCUGAGGAAUUCUGGGAGUUGAAGUCCACAAGUCACAAAAGAGCCAAGGUUGCCUACCCCUGUUCUA